AUGCCAGACCUUGUUAUUAUCUGUUACAUCUUCUUUCUACUCUCUUCCUACAACACUACUGCGGAAGAUGUGAAGUGUACACAGCAAGAAAGAAAAGUUCUCCUGGAGCUGAAAAACAACAUUGUAAUUGAUCGGUGUGGCUUGCUCGCGUCUUGGGGGAACCAAGAGGAUAAUAAAGAUUGCUGUAGAUGGAAAGGUGUCCACUGCAGCAACUACAUAAACAGCAGUGUUAUCAUCAAGAUCGAUCUUCAUGGGUUCGACACAUCUAGUCCUCACCCUUGUCUCGAAGGUAAACUUACUCCUACCCUAACCGAGCUUAAGCAUUUGAGUUACUUAGACCUAAGCUACAACAAUUUCCUAGGGGAACCAAUCCCCAACUCAAUUGGUUCCCUUGGUAAAUUACGGUACCUAGAUCUCUCUCAUGCUGGCUUUGGUGGAGGUAUUCCUCAUCAGUUACGACAUCUCUCAAAGCUCGAAACAUUGUUUAUUUCAUCAAAUUCCUUUGAAGAUACCCUUUCUAAUGACAAUUUUCAAAACUUUUCUAGAUUGAAGGAUUUAGACUUGUCGAAUAACUCCAAAUUAACUCUUAACUUUAGUGUCGAUUGGAUUCCUUCGUUUCAAUUAGAUACUUUAAAACUCCGGUCUUUAGCUUUAGGACCACACUUCCCUAAAUGGAUUCUAACCCAAAGGAGCUUUUCAUACCUCGAUAUAUCUGAAGCUGGAAUUUCAGAGCCAAUUCCAACUUCUUUUUGGAACUUAUUAACCCUUAACUUAUCUUUCUUAAAUAUGUCUAAUAAUAAUAUUACAGGAAAGCUUCCAAAUCUAUCACAUCCUAUAUUUGAUCAUUGGCGUCCACUCGAAGUAGAUUUGAGUUUCAACUCUUUCGAGGGUACAAUACCUUCAUUCCUUGGAAAUGUUUCAUCUUUGAAGCUCAAUAACAACAAGUUUUCAAAUCCCAUUCCUUUGUUGUGCCCUAAAUCAAAAAUCGUUCUUCUUGACUUGGACUUGUCUAACAACUUGUCGUCAGGAGAACUUCCAGAUGAUUGUUGGGAGAAUAUGGAUGAAUUGUCAUUUCUAAACUUGGAAAGCAACCAAUUUUCAGGAAAGUUACCACAAUCUUUAGGGGCCAUUAAACAACUUCAGUCGUUUCGAUUGUGUGAUAAUACUUUUUUCAGGAGUCCUACCCAUUUCAUUAUGGAACUGCUCCUCUUUGGUCAUCCUUGA